AUGGAGGAUAUUGCUGAAGAAAAUAUCAACCAAUUAGUUGACCAAGGAAUGAUUCGAGUUAAAAUUGGCUUAAGAAAUGAACUCGAAGUUGUCGAACCUUAUUAUAAAAUCUGUCUACUUAAGCUGCAGCAAGGAGAACCUAUCAAGUGGUAUCGUGGUGAUUCAGAUUAUAAUUUGCCUGAGUGUGCCCGCAUUGUUUUGGUCCACUAUCGUGGUGAGACUAUCACGACAAGCUUCAAUGAUAAUCCAAUUGUAUCAUUAUUUGUCAUUAAAGCCAGGGGAGCUAUAGUUCCCCUUAAGAGCUUGCCAGAAGAAAUAGGAGAUCUGAUAAACUUGAGGUAUCUAGGCUUAAAACAUUCGGCGCUGGAUGAGAUUCCAGAGAGCAUAUGCAAUCUUCUAAAUCUACAAACUUUGGAUAUUAGAUGGCCUAUGAGACUGAGGGUAUUGCCAAGUGGAAUUCUGAAACUUGUACAGUUGAGACACCUUAUGUUGUCAAUGAAUGAAAUAAAAGUCCCUUCAGGUAUAGAUAUAUUAACAAACCUCCAGAGUUUAACUAAUCUAUUUAUAAGACCUGGCAUCAUCCAAGAAUUAAGAAGUUUGACUCAACUCAAGAAACUGAAAUUUAUGGAUGUAUCCGAAGAACAUGACAGUGAGCUCUCUGCUUGUAUUAUGAAGAUGACAGGACUUGUGUCUUUAUCUCUAGAUACAACAGGCUAUGAGGAUGAUGAACUGUUACCCACAUUGGAGUCAUUUUCACCUCCGCCAUCUUUCAGAAAACUUCGCCUAUAUGGUCGUCUAAUGGAUCUACCCAACUGGGUCUGCUCCAUGGAGAACCUUACUAAACUGACAUUAGGCUAUUCCUUCCUAUCCGAGGAAGCAAUUUAUGUACUUCAAUUUCUUCCCAACUUGAAACAUCUAGCACUGUGGGAAGCUUGUAAGGUCAAAGUAAUAAACAAAGAAUUUUGCCAGGUGGGUGGGUUUCCUAAGCUAGAGGCACUUCUUAUUGCUAAUCAGAAUCUACUGGAAUGGACUGAAAUUGAAGAUGGGGCAUUGCCAAGCCUAGCAUUCCUCAAAUUCCAUUGUUGUUCACAGUUGAGGAUUCUUCCGAAAGGACUGCAAUGUGUCACCACGCUAAAAGUACUGAAUAUGUUUCCCUUGCACCCAGAUCUUAAAAGGGAGGCAAAUACGUGA